AUGUCAUCAUCAGGCUGGGAAGUACGAUUUUCCAACUCUCGACAGAUCCCCUACUUCUAUCAUGCCGAGAAAGGUCUUUCAACUUGGGAACCACCCACUGAGAUCAGUCAAGAACAAUUACAUCAACUUCCCGGUGCGUCCAAAUACCUCAAGGCUCAAGGUGCUUCUGGUCCCGCGUCGGGAGGGAAGGAUGGUCAGGUUAGAGCAAGUCAUAUUUUGGCGAAACAUUCUGGAAGUAGACGACCUAGUUCAUGGAGGAAGGAAAACAUCACGAUUACACGUGAAGAAGCUCAAAAGAUCAUCGAACAACAUAUAAACACACUUAAAUCCUUACCACCUUCUGAGGUACCCCAGGAAUUCGCAAAGAUCGCUUCGACAGAGAGCGACUGUUCGUCAGCUAGGAAGGGAGGUGAUUUAGGUUGGUUUGGUAGAGGUCAGAUGCAAAAGCCUUUUGAGGACGCAACAUUCGGUCUUGAAGUUGGUCAACUUAGUGAUAUUAUCUAUACCGAUUCUGGUGUACAUGUCAUCCUUAGAACUGGUUAG